AUGGAGUGGAUUGUUGGCGAGAAUCCAAAUGAUUUACUCUUCAUAGCUACUAAAGAGCCGAUUGAUCAUGGCUCUAGACAUUCAGAGAAGCGGCAAAGUGAUGCUAAAAUGCGACUUCUUGAUCUGGUUAACAAAGGAGUUGAGGCUUCACUAGUUCAGCUCCUUGAAACUGGUUUGUUGCAUGCUGAUCCUCAUCCUGGAAACUUGCGUUACACAUCAUCAGGACAUAUAGGGUACACCCAUUUACUGUUUUUUUCACCAUUUUCUUCUCUGAUUGUAAUUGGAGACCUUGACAUACAUAUGGUUAAAGCCCACCUCUCACCAAUUUGGACUAGGUUUUUGGACUUUGGAUUGCUUUGUCGAAUGGAAAGGAGGCAUCAGUUGGCCAUGCUUGCGGCCAUAGUGCACAUAGUAAAUGCGGAUUGGGCAUCUCUUGUUCAUGCUCUGACUGAAAUGGACGUCGGAAGACCAGGAACUAACAUCCGCCGUUUUACCAUGGAUUUGGAAGAUGCCUUGGGAGAAGUGGAAUACACAGAUGGAAUUCCUGAUGUCAAGUUUAGUCUGGUUCUGGGGAAAAUAUGGUCUGUAGCCCUCAAGUAUCAUUUCCGCAUGCCACCGUACUAUACACUUGUCCUACGCUCUCUUGCUUCCUUGGAAGGACUGGCUAUUGCGGCAGAUCCAAAUUUUAAGACGUUUGAAGCUGCUUACCCUUAUGUUGUUCAGAAACUUCUCACUGAUAAUUCAGCUGCUACAAGAGGGAUUUUACAUUUGGUGGUGUUCAACAGACAGAAAGAAUUUCAAUGGCGAAAGCUUGCUCUUCUCUUUAGAUUAGGAGCAAUGAGGUAUGCUGAUUAG